AGUAAGAAAUACACGAAGAAGAAAGGGCCUUUCGCUUGAUCCUGGCGUACAGGUCCCACAACGGAAAAACGGGGGACGCUUUCGCUGUGAUGCCGCUGGGAAGAUGGCCGCUUUCGGGAUCCUCAGUUACGAGCACCGGCCCCUGAAGCGGCCCAGACUCGGUCCUCCAGACGUUUACCCACAGGAUCCCAAGCAAAAAGAGGAUGAAUUGACAGCUCUAAAUGUGAAGCAGGGGUUCAACAACCAGCCGGCCGUGUCUGGAGAUGAACAUGGCAGCGCUAAAAAUGUCAACUUCAACCCUUCCAAGAUCAGCUCCAACUUUAGUAGCAUAAUUGCAGAGAAGCUGCGAUGCAACACAUUCCCAGACACAGGAAAGCGGAAGCCACAGGUCAACCAGAAGGACAAUUUUUGGCUGGUGACGGCACGGUCACAAAGUUCCAUCAACAAUUGGUUCACGGACUUGGCUGGAACCAAGCCACUCACCCAGCUGGCCAAGAAGGUACCCAUCUUUAGCAAGAAGGAGGAGGUUUUCAGCUAUCUGGCUAAGUACGCUGUGCCAGUAAUGCGUGCGGCCUGGAUGAUCAAGAUGACAUGUGCGUACUAUGCUGCAAUAACAGAAACCAAAGUGAAGAAGCGACAUGUCAUUGAUCCCUGUAUGGAGUGGCACCAGAUUACCACCAAGUACUUGUGGGAACAGCUGCAGAAAGUAGCUGAAUUCUACCGCCAGUCAUCCGGAGGAGGCUCCCCACUCCCAGCACCCCCAGCGGAGGUGGAGGCUGCAAUGAAGCAGUGGGAAUACAAUGAGAAGCUGGCAAUGUUCAUGUUCCAGGAUGGCAUGCUCGACAGACACGAGUUCCUGACCUGGGUUUUGGAGUGUUUUGAGAAGAUCAGGCCAGGAGAGGAUGAGCUGUUGAAGCUUUUGUUACCCCUCAUGCUCCAGUACUCUGGGGAGUUUGUGCAGUCCGCCUACCACUCCAGGCGCCUAGCGUACUUCUGCACGCGUCGGCUUAACUUGCUGCUCACUGACGGCACCGUGGGCCCCGGGUCGGGCGGCCACCAGCCCCACGGCAUUACAGGACAGCCAGGGGCCGCGAUGCCCCCCACACCCGCCACCCAGCCAACAGGAGGCAGCCAGACACAGACCUCCUUUGUUGACUGUCCACAGCACAGGCCGCUGGUUUUUGGACUUAGUUGUAUGCUUCAGAGUAUCGUCCUGUGUUGUCCCAGUGCUUUGGUGUGGCACUACUCGCUCACGGACAGCAGGAAUAAGACUGGAUCCCCCUUGGAUCUGCUGCCCAUUGCCCCCUCCAACCUCCCCAUGCCAGGGGGCAACAACUCAUUUACACAGCAGGUGCGUGCGAAGGUGAGGGAAAUAGAGGAGCAAAUCAAGGAACGGGGCCAAGCUGUGGAGUUCCGAUGGUCCUUUGACAAGUGUCAGGAAACCACAGCUGGUUUCACAAUCGGCAGGGUUCUGCACACUCUGGAGGUACUGGACAGCCACAGCUUUGAGAAGUCUGACUUUAGCAAUUCCCUAGACUCCUUGUACAAUCGAAUUUUUGGCUCAGGACAAAGCAAGGAUGGUCACGAGAUGAACCCUGAUGAUGAUGCAGUGGUGACCUUGCUGUGCGAGUGGGCCGUUUCUUGCAAACGGUCAGGCCGGCACCGGGCCAUGGUCGUAGCCAAGCUCCUGGAGAAGAGGCAAGCUGAGAUUGAGGCUGAGAGGUGUGGGGAGUCAGAGGUGGUGGACGAGAAGGGCUCUGUGUCAUCAGGGUCAUUGUCCGCUGCCACGGUACCUGUGUUCCAGGACGUCCUGCUGCAAUUCCUGGACACCCAGGCUCCUGUGCUCACUGAGCCUGGCAAUGAGAGUGAGCGGGUGGAGUUCUCAAACCUUGUGCUGCUGUUCUGUGAGCUCAUCCGGCACGACGUCUUCUCCCAUAACAUCUACAUGUGCACACUCAUCUCCCGUGGUGACCUGGCCUCGGAUCCCCACCUGCCCCGGCCACGGUCUCCAAGUGAGGAGCCCUCCGAUGACAUGGAGUGCAAGGAGCAAGAAGCUGGCGCCGGAGUCAAGAUGGAGUAUACCGGUCUCUCCGAGUCGAUGGAGAUUGAACCCAACUCAAGUGCAAACUUCGAUGAGAUGUUCUCCCCACCCAUGCACAAUGAGUCGAAGGGUAGCCCCUCCCCAGAGAAGCCAGCCACAGAGCAGGAUGGAAAGAGUAUCUCCAAGGAAAAGGCCUCAGAUCCUGCAUUCCCGCUGCUGUACGACCAACCGCGCCACAUCCAGUACGCAACACACUUCCCCAUCCCCCAGGAGGAGAGCGCAAGUCACGAGUGCAACCAGAGGCUGGUGGUGCUGUACGGCGUAGGCAAGCAGCGGGAUGAGGCUAGGCAUACCAUCAAGAAGAUCACCAAAGAUAUUCUGAAGGUGCUGAACCGGAAGAGCACUGCUGAGACCGGAGGAGAGGAAGGGCAGAAGAGGAAGCGGAGCAAGCCGGAGGCCUUCCCUACGGCAGAGGACAUCUUCGCUAAAUUCCAGCUUCUCUCGCACUUUGACCAACAUCAGGUCACCUCUCAGGUGUCUAGGAAUGUCCUGGAACAGAUCACCAGUUUUGCCUUAGGGAUGUCCUACCACCUUCCCUUGGUCCAGCACAUCCAGUUCAUCUUUGACCUCAUGGAGUAUUCUCUCAACAUCAGUGGCCUCAUAGACUUUGCUAUUCAGCUGCUGAACGAGCUGAGCCUGGUGGAGGCAGAGCUGCUGCUAAAGUCCUCCAGCUUGGCAGGCAGUUAUACCACGGGGCUGUGCCUGUGCAUUGUGGCAGUGCUGAGGAGGUACCAUUCCUGCCUCAUCCUGAAUCCGGACCAGACAGCACAGGUCUUCGAUGGGCUGCGCAUCGUAGUGAAGCAUGGCGUGAACCCGGCCGACUGCUCCUCUGCCGAGCGCUGCAUCUUGGCCUACCUGUAUGAUCUCUACACCUCCUGCAGCCACCUCAAGAGCAAGUUUGGUGAAAUUUUCAGUGAUUUUUGCUCAAAGGUGAAGAAUUCGAUCUACUGCAACAUUGACCCCUCUGAUUCCAAUAUGCUCUGGGACCCCAUGUUCAUGAUUGAGACCAUCGCCAACCCAACAGCCCAAAACUUCAACCACUCCAUGGUGGGCAAGAUUCUCAAUGACAGCCCUGCCAACCGCUAUAGCUUCGUGUGCAACGUGCUAAUGGAUGUGUGUGUGGACCACCGUGACCCCGAGAGGGUGAACGACAUUGGCAUCCUGUGUGCGGAGCUUACGGCCUACUGCCGCUCCCUUAGCGCCGAGUGGCUGGGCGUUCUCAAAGCCCUCUGCUGCUCCUCCAACAACGGAAACUGUGGCUUCAACGAUUUGCUGUGCAACGUGGAUGUCAGCGAUCUGUCCUUCCAUGACUCCUUGGCCACCUUCGUUGCCAUCCUCAUUGCCAGGCAAUGCCUGCUCCUCGAGGACUUGGUUCGCUGCGUGGCAAUACCUUCUCUCCUAAAUGCUGCAUGCAGCGAGCAGGACUCAGAACCUGGGGCCAGGCUUACCUGCAGGAUCCUGCUACACCUGUUCAAGACCCCACAGCGCAACCCAUGCCCCCAGGACAACAGCAAGUCAGCCUCUGUUGGGAUCCGGUCCUCGUGUGACCGUCACCUGUUGGCUGCAUCACAGAACAGCAUUGUUGUUGGAGCAGUGUUUGCUGUCCUCAAGGCCGUCUUUAUGCUAGGGGAUGCAGAGCUGAAAGGUUCGGGAUUCUCACACCCAGCUGGACUGGAUGACAUAAGUGAGGAUGACAUGGGUUCAAAAAAGGCUGCUGGUCGUGCUGUCUCCAUAGAGACUGCCAGUUUGGACGUAUAUGCCAAGUAUGUCCUAAAGAGCAUCUGUCAGCAGGAGUGGGUAGGUGAGCGUUGUUUGAAGUCGCUGUCUGAAGACAGCAGUGCCCUGCAGGACCCAGUGCUCGUCAACAUCCAGGCACAGCGCCUCUUGCAACUCAUCUGCUACCCACACCGGCAGCUGGACAGCGAGGAGGGCGACAACCCACAGCGGCAGCGAAUCAAACGCAUUCUCCAGAACAUGGACCAGUGGACCAUGCGACAGUCAUCACUUGAAUUACAACUUAUGAUCAAGCAGAGCUCAAAUAAUGAACUGAACUCUCUACUGGAGAACAUCGCCAAAGCCACAAUCGAAGUGUUCCAGAAGUCAGCGGAACUUAACUCCAAUAACCCCUCAGCCAAUGGGGUUGUUGUGCCAAACAACAUGGGUUCUUCUGUCUCUAACAGCAGCAACACGAGCAAGAUGAAGCCAGUGUUAAGUUCAUCAGAACGCUCGGGUGUGUGGCUGGUGGCUCCCCUCAUUGCCAAGCUGCCCACCUCGGUUCAGGGCCACGUGCUUAAGGCCACAGGUGAGGAGUUGGAGAAAGGUCAACACCUGGGCUCAUCGUCCCGCAAGGAGAGGGACCGGCAGAAGCAGAAAAGCAUGUCGCUCCUGAGUCAACAGCCCUUCUUGUCUCUCGUGCUCACAUGUCUGAAGGGGCAGGAUGAGCAGAGAGAGGGUCUCCUCACCUCCCUCUACAGUCAGGUUCAGCAGAUCGUCACCAACUGGCGUGAGGACCAGUACCAAGAUGACUGCAAAGCCAAGCAGAUGAUGCACGAAGCCUUAAAGCUACGGCUUAAUCUAGUUGGCGGGAUGUUUGACACUGUGCAGCGCAGCACCCAACAGACCACUGAAUGGGCAGUGCUCCUCCUUGACAUUAUCAGUAGCGGAACUGUGGACAUGCAGUCUAACAAUGAGUUGUUCACUACUGUCCUGGACAUGCUGAGUGUACUCAUCAACGGCACACUGGCUGCUGACAUGUCCAGCAUCUCUCAGGGCAGCAUGGAGGAGAACAAGAGGGCCUACAUGAACUUGGUCAAGAAGCUCAGGAAGGAGUUGGGUGAUCGCCAGUCGGAGAGUCUGGAGAAAGUGCGCCAGCUCUUGCCCCUUCCCAAGCAGACACGCGACGUCAUCACCUGUGAGCCCCAGGGGUCGUUGAUCGACACCAAGGGCAACAAGAUUGCUGGCUUUGAGAAAGAGGGUCUCCAAGUAUCAACAAAGCAGAAAAUCUCCCCAUGGGACGUCUUUGAGGGGCUGAAACACUCGGCACCAUUGUCCUGGGGCUGGUUCGGCACGGUGCGAGUAGACCGCAAGGUUGCAAAGUUUGAGGAACAGCAGCGCCUCUUGUUGUACCAUACACACCUGAAGCCCAAGCCUCGUAGCUACUACCUGGAGCCCCUCCCACUGCCACCCGAAGAGGAGGAGCCACCCACACCUGUGCCCCCUGAACCGGAAAAGAAAGCAGCAGAGGCCUCCAAGCCUGAGAAGAGUGCAUCAGCCAUGGCUGCCGAUUCCAAUAAGAAGAAAAGCAACAAGAAAAAGAGGAACCCACCCACAAACAAAACAGACGACUAUGUGCCUAGUGCGCCAAGGCUGCCUUUUGGACCUGGAAUGCCCCCUGAGCUGCUUCCUCCUCAGCAGGGACUAACCUACAACAGGAUGGCAUAUGGCCAGCAACAAAUUGGCAUAUAUGCCCAGAAUCAACCGCUUCCUGCAGGCGGUCCCCGGAUGGAUCCUCCAUACAGACAGUCUCGCAACAUCCAGAUAGGCAAGGUGGUGCCCUCCAGGUCACCCUAUUCCGGCAUGAUUCCUGCAAUUUCAGGAGGAGUGCCAAACAUGAUGCCACUCGGUCAACAGCAGUACAAAAUAGCAGGCUACAAGCACCAGCCCACCAUCCCCCAGGGCCAAAUACUGCGAAUGCAGCUGCAGGAUAAGCUGAUGAUGGGAAAUCACAUGCGACAGAUGACACCCAACGCCCAGUACUCCUCAAUGCCGCCCUCUCAGGGCUACACCACGUACAGCUCGCACUUGCCGGCACACCCUUCCCAGGCUAGCGGGAUAGUUCCCCCGGCCUAUGGUGGCCAGAGCUUCCCAGGCUCGCAUCCGGGGACCAACCCAGCCAUGGUGGACUCCCUUCGGCAGAUGCAACAGAGGCCCAGUGGCUACGUGCAUCAACAGGCACCAGGUUAUGCACACACAAUGCAGAACACACAAAGGUUCAGCCACCAGCCCAUACAGCAGGCACCUAUGAUGCAGGGGUUGGGUCACAUGGGAGGCCAAGGUGUGCAUCCGGCCAUGAGGCCAAACCAGAUGAUGGCCGAUCAGUCACAGCAGCAGGUCCAGCAGCAGCAGGUCCAACAACAACAACAACAGCAGCAGCAGCAGCAACAGCAGCAGUACUUGAGACCACAUCAGGUUCUGAGGCAGCAAGCUCAACAACAGCAACAGCAACAACAGGUACAACAGCAGCAACAGCAAGUCCAGCAGCAGCAACAGCAGCAGCAGCAGCAGGUGACAGGGGCCCAGCCCCCCACCCAGGCUCAGACCCAGGGCAUGGGUCUGCAACCCAUGUUCCCCCGGCAGGGUAUGCAGCAGACGCAGCAGCAGCAGCAGACGGCUGCCCUGGUGCGACAACUCCAACAGCAGCUCUCAAAUACGCAACCUGGACAGAACACCAAUUCAUUUUAUUGAGCCUGGAGGGGAAUCUUUGGAAGCCCAUGGAGCAAAACCGUAUAGUUUGGUUCUUUUGUUGCUUUUUCCCCCUUCUUGGUCGACACCGAUGUUUCCCCUUCCUUUUCCGGCUGCUGAAAUCAAGGCUAACAGAUUAGAGACUGUUGGAUCGUGACUGGGAGGAUGGACCUGUGAAGCGGCAAAGAGACUAUAUGUUGAUUGCUGAAUUCUACUGAUUCCACUUGAAAUGAUGGGAAAUCAUGAAGUACAAGGAAGGCAUCAUGUUUGUGAAAAUAACGGUCACUCUGAACAGAGAAAACUAGAAGAUUUUAUGUAAAAAAAAAAAAAAAAAAAG